CUUCCGGUGUGGAGAGCCGGGCCUCCCCUUCUGGGCUUGGCGCUGGGGCAAGAAUCACAGACGCCUGCAUAGAAAUCCUCUCGCUGCCGCUAUGGCCCAGCCGGGAAGGCCCGCGUAUAGUAGCCCGAAUAGAGCUGGGCAGCCACCACCGCCGCCGCCGCAGCAGCAGCCGUAUAGCAAUGGUCCUGUGCUAGGCUCAUUGAUGAAUUCAUCACACUUACCAGAUGGACAGGGACAUAAUUCUUUGGUUCCAAGCAUGUAUACCCAGCAAAUUGCAACAAAGAAUCCUCUCCAUGCAUCUUCUGGACAGUAUAGCCAUGGUACAUCUUGGAAUGUUUCAUCUGGUCAGACUCAUAAUAGAACCCCAAUGGGCUCUUCUCUGACAGCAUCACAGCCAAGACCUGUUGCCCAAAUGCCUUCUUCAUUGCAGAACUCAGCUCCUAUAUCAACUUCUGAUGGUAGUUUUUAUUCUGGAAGUAAUCUCUCAGCGAAUUCAAACUGGCAAUAUGUGCAGAAUCCUUUGACUCAAUCAACUCUAGGAUCUCAACCAAAUCAUUUUGCUCACACAGCAACUUCACCAUUGUUGCCACCAGGGAAUACAAAUUUGCCCACAAACUAUCAUUAUGUUUCUUCUGCUGGAGGUCCUCCAGUUCAAAACACUUACACAAGGCAAGGUACUGUUCCACUGCCAGCUAAUCAGUUAACUUACUCGCCAGUUCAACCUCCUUCAGGACCUUCUGCAGUUGGAAGUCCAGUCUAUACACAUCCCUCUGCUCCCCCAUUACCUCCUCCCCCAGCAAGCACUGCAUCCCAAGCUGUACAGAAUUCAGCGAGUAUACAAGAAGUAGGUGAUGCUACAUGCACUGCUAAUGAUGGACUAUCAGUCCAGAACAAUUACGAUGCAAUAGAAGGAGGUGGUUUCCUGGCAACCCCACAUACUUCUGCUCCUCAAAAUAUUAAAGUGAACAAAUAUGUUGGGAGUGCUUAUCCCAGCUUGCCCCCAGGCUACCAAAACGCCUCUCCACCUGGAGGACCAAGAAUGCAGUAUCCAGGAGGACUUCAACAAUUCCCUCAGCCUGGCUUGGGAGCGAAUACCUUAGCUGCAUCGAUGGGUGGACUAAGUCUUCAACCUGAAGGAUUAAGACCUAUCAACCUUCUUCAAGACAGAAAUAUUCUUCCUGCAACCCCCUUGCAGGCACCCAUUCCCAAUUUGCAUGAAGAUAUUCAGAAGCUCAACUGCAAUCCCGAGUUGUUCCGAUGUACUUUGACUAACAUUCCUCAGACUCAGGCCUUACUGAAUAAAGCCAAACUUCCUUUGGGGCUCCUGCUUCAUCCUUUCAAAGAUUUAUCGCAAUUGCCUGUGGUAACCUCCAGUACAAUUGUGAGAUGUCGUAGCUGUAGAACAUAUAUCAAUCCUUUUGUCAGCUUCCUUGACCAAAGGAGAUGGAAAUGCAACUUGUGCUACAGAGUGAAUGAUGUUCCUGAAGAAUUUAUGUAUAAUCCUGUGACAAGAGUUUAUGGAGAACCUCAUAAAAGACCUGAAGUUCAAAAUGCCACUAUUGAAUUUAUGGCUCCUUCUGAAUACAUGCUACGUCCACCUCAGCCUCCUGUGUACCUCUUCGUAUUUGAUGUGUCUCACAAUGCAAUAGAAACAGGAUACUUAGACACUGUCUGCAAGACUUUAUUGGACAAUCUAGAUCUACUCCCAGGGAACACUAGAACAAAAAUAGGCUUCAUAACAUUUGACAGCACAAUCCAUUUCUAUAGCCUCCAGGAAGGUCUCUCACAGCCUCAAAUGUUAAUCAUUUCGGAUAUUGAAGAUGUGUUUAUACCCAUGCCGGAGAACUUAUUAGUAAAUUUAAACGAAAGCAAAGAGCUAAUUCAGGAUUUAUUGAGAACUUUGCCUCAGAUGUUUAUUAACUCUUUGGAAACCCAAAGUGCUUUGGGACCUGCACUACAGGCUGCUUUUAAACUUAUGUCACCUACUGGAGGUCGGAUUACUGUCUUCCAAACACAGCUUCCAUCUUUAGGAGCAGGUGCACUCAAACCUCGGGAAGAGCCUAACCAAAAAGCAUCUGCAAAGGAUAUACAUCUGACACCAUCUACUGACUUCUAUAAAAAAUUGGCCUUGGAUUGCUCAGGACAGCAGGUUGCAGUUGACUUGUUUCUUCUUAGUGGGCAGUACUCUGACUUGGCUUCAUUAGGAUGUAUAUCAAGGUAUUCUGCUGGUAGUGUCUAUUAUUAUCAAGCUUACCAUCAUCAACACAAUUCUCUUCUGGUGGAGAAAUUACAGAAAGAACUGAAACGAUACUUAACUAGAAAGAUUGGCUUUGAGGCUGUCAUGCGGAUAAGAUGUACCAAAGGCCUUUCAAUUCAUACCUUCCAUGGCAACUUCUUUGUACGGUCAACAGAUCUGUUGUCUCUUCCUAAUGUGAACCCUGAUGCAGGAUAUGCUGUACAAAUGUCAGUGGAGGAGAGUUUGACAGAUAUGCAGGUAGUCUGUUUUCAGUCAGCCCUCCUGUAUACAUCUAGUAAAGGUGAAAGAAGAAUUCGUGUCCACACACUUUGUUUACCAGUUGUAAGCCAAUUGAGUGACGUUUAUUUAGGAGCUGAUGUACAAGCUAUUACAGGCCUUUUAGCCAAUAUGGCUGUUGACCGGUCAGUUUCUGCUAGUUUGAGUGAUGCUCGAGAUGCAUUGGUGAAUGCUGUAAUAGAUUCUCUUUCUGCAUACCGCUCAUCUGUUUUAACCAAUCAGCAACCAGGUCUUAUGGCUCCUGCAUCAUUGCGUCUGUUUCCAUUGUUCAUCCUGGCUCUCUUAAAACAGAAAGCAUUCCAAACUGGGACAAAUGCCCGUUUAGAUGAACGCCUCUUUACAAUGUGUCAAGUGAAAAGCCAGCCAUUAGUGUACCUCAUGCUUAUUAUGCAUCCCAGUCUUUAUAGAAUUGACAAUCUCACAGAUGAGGGGGCCCUCAACAUUGGUGACAGAACAAUACCUCAGCCACCCAUUCUUCAGCUGUCUGUAGAGAAGAUAAACCGGGAUGGGGCUUAUCUUAUGGAUGCUGGCUCUGUCAUGUUCUUAUGGGUUGGAAAGAAUUGUGGACAGAACUUUAUAAGCCAUGUUCUUGGAGCCCCAAACUAUGCAUCACUACCACACAGUAUGACACAUCUUCCAGAAUUGGACACAGCUGAAUCUUCUAGAGUGCUCGCUUUUAUUUUCUGGCUAAGGGAACAAAGGCCUUUCUUUCCUAUAUUGUAUAUUCUAAGGGAUGAGAGUCCGUGGAAACCAGGUUUCCUACAAAACAUGAUAGAAGACAGAACAGAAUCUGCAUUAUCAUAUUAUGAAUUUCUUUUGCAUAUUCAGCAACAAGUGAAUAAAUGAGUUCUUCUCUUAAAUGAUUCAUCUGCUCAAAGGAAUGUACCUCCGUGCAGAACUCUUGUUCCUGUAAUGCUCCUGUAAGUUGUUGGCCUGGUGCAGUUGAUGAAAAUCUCACUGUGAUUCCCCCUCUUCCCCCCCCCAAAGGAAAAAGAAAAGCAAACAAAGCAAAGGACCAUGGAAUCGUUAAGUACACUAUUGUGUAGUUGUACAUUAAAACUUUAAAAUAAAUUUGAACAUGUUGGAUGCCUUUAAUUUACUGCAAAAAUGUUUCACAGUAAGUAAUUGUGGCAAAAGUUAAAAGGCAAUAUUGGAGAAAUGUUUAUAAACUAACUUUUUUUACCUUUCAUUUUUAUUUUUCUGCUUUGUGUUUUGCUGCUAGAAUUAAAAACUCCCAAGACUGAGUUUCCAGGAAACUAAUAUUGUCUUGAUUAUUGCAAUACUUCACUAGUUAAAAAUUGCCCUUUUAAAGGAACAAUGAAAAGUACAUUAUGGACAAAAUACUUGCCGUUUUAAUGAGCUUAGUUUCCAGGCUUUUAAACGUUGAUUAUGAUAAGAACAAAAGUAAACUUGAAGUAGUCUACAUGGGUUUAAAAUGAAUAAUUCAUUUAAAAGCCUUUAGGAUGUGUCAGUAUUCUAGCUCUUGGAAGAAUAAUGAGAUUACAUUAUGUUCAGUAAGAAUUAAAAAUAAAAAAGAUCUGGUACAGCUGAAAAAAUAGUGAACAAUAAUUGAUCCUAGUCUUGGCUGUUAGCAUGAUGUGUUUAGUCUUGAUUCAUUGAAAGUAAAUAGGGGAACAGACAGUAAACCAAAAACCAUUAUUUUCAUACUAUGUUUUAUUAAUUUUUCAGUCACCUUUUUGUAAUGGGCUGAGGUUUCGAUAAAACCCUUGCUGGCUAAAUAAUACAUUGGAGGUGUAUUUAUAGCUUGUUUGAAAUCCAGAGGAGUGUCAUAUUUAGGAAUAAUAAUUUUGCUAUUCAAGCAUUUUGAGGCUUUAACGGGAAAACUAUAUGCAGGAACCCUACUCAGUUCAGAAUGUUCAAAUACUGCACAGGUAUAAACAUAAAAGAGAAAUCUUAUUUUUACUAGUUCCCUGGAAAUUGCUAUAAUUUAAGUAAUGACAUAACAUUAGUGUAUUGAGAUUUGUAAAAGUUUCAACAGAAACAACCAUGGUGGUAUAAGUUAUGGCAAUCAUGGGUUUCUACAUUGCCCUCUAUUUCACUCCCUUCCCCCCAAAGAAAAAUGGAUUAGAAAUAUUUCUAAUAUUUCUAUCUUUCCUGGUAGUUUUUGUGGAAUCAUUUGCAUUGAUUUUUUGGUCAUUGCUUUAAUUUAUACAGUUUCAUCCAUCUGAGGAAUGGGUAAGGGAUCACAUGUGCAAAAAGCCAGUGAAGUUCUCUCAUGAACCAUGGUGUUUAUCAACUACCAACUGGAAUAGCAGUUGUAACAUAGUUCUAUAACUACACUGUCUGCAUGGUGAUCUAUUCAGUUUGUUGGAGUGGUUUAUGAAGAGUUCUUAGAAAAUUGUUGCUUAACAUCUGAAAGAAAGGAGAAUAUUUGUUAAAAAUAAUUCAGAUACCAAAUGAAAAUACCUGCUGACUUCAGGAACCUUAUAGCUGGUGUCACUGUUUUAAUUUGUUUUUAAUUUAGGUACUUUCAAAUGUUUGUAAAUAAUGGUAAUCUAUUUCAGAACCAAAUAAUCAUGAUGAGAUAUGCACUUGUAAGCAAUGGAAAUCAGUUGGGUGCUUUAAAAUACAUUAUAUGCCAGAGGAUUAAUUAGCUCUUCUGCAAAAAAUAUACAAACUUAUGUGUAUAGGUCAGCCUUCUGGAAAGAAGGAAUAGGCAAAGAACAGAUAUAGGGAAGUAGGUGUCCAGCACCUCAUUCUGGCUGUGUGUUCCUUCUUGCUUCAGGCAUUCAGGCACUGGAGCACAGAAUUGGUGUGAUCAGAUUCUGCAGAACUUGAAUUCUAAAAACCUUAUGAGCAGCACCACGCCUAGCUUUCUGUAUGUAAAAAUCUUCUGCAUGGACAGGAGGGAAAGGCAUGUUGUAAACCAGAAAUAAUGGGCUUUCAAUAAAUUUGGGAACCUGAUAAACUUAUUUCAAGAAUACAUCCCUAACUAAGUUUGAAAAAUGUUAACUGUGAGCAUAUUAUGCUCUCUGGAUAGAAUGCUGUUUAGAAUGUUCAUGCACUUUGAAAUAGAAUUGAAUUUUCUAAUUCUUUGUGAGGAGAAAAAUGAUAUCCACUUCAACUUCUUAAGAAUUGCAGGGCAGACCCAUGUAUAACUGUUAAAUCACAAUUUCUAUGUUUUAGGUUCUUUAACAACAUAAGCAAGCAAGAGUAGCCUUGAUGCUCCCAUCUCAGCAUGGCAGUCACCAGCAGAUAUUCUCUAUUUUUCUAGUUCAAGAUUUUCAAUAAUAAUUAGUAUGAUUUACCAAUAUUCUAGAUUUGAUCAUGCAACAACAUAUUAGCAUUUACUUUUCUGUAAUUUAAUUUGCAUUUGAAUAAAUUGAUUGUUUUGCAAUAAUGCGGAAAUGCUUGUUUAUUCAAGAUUAACAGAAUAUAUGUAAUUCAGAAUAUUAAGGGACCAUCAAAUGUGACAAGACUUCUCUUCACUAACUACAUAUUAAAUUCUUAAAGUAAAUUUGAUUUUGUAAAGUAGUGUAAAAUAUUGUAAUAUUAAUCCUUGUUUUCUGAACUCAGACAUUGAUCUUUAGUGUGCAAUUGUAAACCUUGCUCUUCUGACUUGAAGGCAAAGUUUUACUUGUUCCCCUUUUUACAGUUUGUAAUUUUCACUGUUUUAUUCCUGUAAAAAGUCAUUUGUAACACAUGCAAAUGCUUAUUUUAGCUGUGCUAAUUUAUCAAAUUUGGCUACUCAAUAAAAUUAAUUGAAAGAG